AUGGCGGCCGGCCGCGACCCUCCCCUCCUCCCUCCUUCCCUGGGCUCCGGGCGCGUCCCGGGCCAGCCUCUGCGCCGCCAACUUCGCCAAAGUGAGGCGGACGGGCCGCCCCGCCCCCAGCCCUCGGAGGCUCGCCACGCCCCGGGGCCGGCCCUGCGCGCCCCCGCCCCCCACCCGGCCUCCCGGGGUCCCUGCCCACCCUCUACCCGCACUGCCCGGGACGCACACAGAUCUGUCCGAGACCCUCCCCUGCUGGCCUGGGAAGCCUUUUACAGUCCCACGUCUUCCUAUCCCAAACCUUCCUUCCAGUCUCACGGAAAUGCUAAAUCAUCCCGGCGUGGGUGGCUUCUGUGGGUCAGAGCCCAGCUUUGCAAAGUUCAGCUCCAAGACUGCUUCCUCCAGGGAGCCUUCCCUCCCUCCCCCAGGAAUCUGCCCAAUCGACGGGAUCGCCUUCUUCAGGAGACCCCGCCUCCCUCACUCCCGCAGCCGCGGAGGCGGAAGAAGGCGCCUUUCUGUUGUCCUAGCAACCGUCAGCGGACCCCUGUCGCCCGGGCAACUGUCCUAGGCCUCCCGUCAGCCUUCGCCUGGGCCUCUCCGGUCACCCGGACAACCGCUACCCGUUCCGGUCAACCAUCAACCCGUCCCCCGUCACCCCGGCAACCAUCGCCGGACCCACAGACCCCUGGACACUGUCCUGGUCUGGUCCGCCGACCUCCUCGCCCCAAAUCACCGCCGCAGGCUCGGAAGUCCCGGGGCCCCACGUCUCAAGGGUCCCCUCCUCCUCCCGCCCGUCUCCUCGCCUCCCCGGGGCGGGGGACGUUGCUCCUACCCCGGCAGGGGGCCCCGGGUUGGGCCGGGCCCCGGGGGUCCCUGCUCAGUCGGGGCAGUAGGACCGCCCUGUGCUGUGGCCGCGCGCAGCCCCCUGCAGGCCUGGGCGCUCGCAGUUUUGCGUGGGACUGUCCAAGCGCCACAGGGAGCUCUUCAAAAUGCAAGCCAUGUCCCUCCCCUGCUGAAAAACCUCCCCGGCUCCCCUUGAGAACCGAAUCCAAGCUCCUGGCAGCCCCUGGCGGUUCUGGCUGUGUGGCCUCUUCUCUGAAGCCUCCUUGCUCACUCUGUUAGCAAUCCCCUGGCCUGCGUGUUGUGACUCCAGUGACUCAAGGUUCUUCCAUCCUGGGACCUUCCUAGUCACUGCUUCCCACUCCCCC